AUGGACGGCGCGACCGCCGCCUUCGCGCCGGGCCAGCCGGGGCCGGGGCCGGGGCCGACCGCGCCCGCGCCGGGGCCGGGGCCGGGCGACUGCGCCCAGGCGCGCACCAACUUCUCGGUGAGCCACCUCCUGGACCUGGAGGAGGCGGCGGGGCGGCUGGCGGCGCGGCCGGCGGCCCGGGCCCGCGCGAGGGCGGGCGCCGCGCGGGAGCCGUCCGGGGGCAGCAGCGGCAGCGAGGCGGCGCCGCAGGACGGCGAGUGUCUCAGCCCCAGCCAGGGAAGCUCAGCCAAACGGAAGAAGAAGCAGCGGCGGAACCGCACGACGUUCAACAGCAGCCAGCUGCAGGCGCUGGAGCGCGUGUUUGAGCGCACGCACUACCCGGACGCCUUUGUGCGCGAAGAGCUGGCCCGGCGAGUCAACCUCAGCGAGGCCCGGGUCCAGGUCUGGUUCCAGAACCGCAGGGCCAAGUUCCGCCGGAACGAACGGGCCAUGCUGGCCAACCGCUCCGCCUCCCUGCUCAAACCCUACAGCCAGGAGGCCGCCAUGGAGCAGCCCGUGGCGCCCCGGCCCACCGCCCUGAGUCCGGACUAUCUCUCCUGGCCGGCGUCCUCCCCGUACAGCUCUGUGCCACCCUACAGCCCUGGGGGCUCUGGCCCAGCCACCCCAGGAGCCAGCAUGGCCAGCAGCAUUGCCAGCCUGCGUCUCAAAGCCAAGGAAUUCAGCCUGCACCACAGCCAGGUGCCCACAGUGAACUGAGAGACGGCCCUGCCCGGCCACUGCCUCCCCAGCCCGAGGACAGCCGGGAAGACGGGGACACACACCGGAAGUGGCUUUCUCCUGUCCUGUGUCCACGACACACCGGCCGGGCUCUCCUGGCCCCUGCCAUGAACCCCGACUCCGGAAGCCUGUGGGGCCUGGGCACCCGGGAGAUGAGACAGUUGCCUGUGACCCCGGGAGGGGCUGGACCACACGAUGGCACAGGAAGCCACCGAGGACUCCACUCACUUCGUGUGUUGAAGCCAUGAAGCUUUUGUCUUGAGGAAAUAAAACCUUUAGAAAAAAAAUAAUAAUAAAGCCUCACAGAGCCUGGCACCAGUGCCUCACGCCUAUAAU